AUGAUAAUAGACGAUGAUGUCAUUUAUUAUGAUGAAUUAAAGAUGAGUUCUGCACAAUUGCAUCAAAGGAGAAAAAAGGACGAAUAUUAUUUGCCGCCUAUUGAAGGGGGAAUUGAAUCUAUGAUUAAGGAAGAUGAUCCAAGAAUGGCAACUAAAGAAGAUCUACGUAAUUAUAUAAAAAAGUACAAGGUAAUUGUUAAUAAUCUUAAUGAUUUAUCAUUUGUCUACGUGGAAAAAUAUACAUUAAUUAAGAAUGGGGAUGGUCUUGCGGGGUAUACAAUGGUAACUAAUAGUGCCAUAAAGUCGAACAAUUUAACUGGAAAGGGAUCGGGUACAAUUGAUGAGCCAGUGAAUUUAGAUGAGAGCUCUGAUGAAAAAUCAAUACCAGACUCCGAAAAUGAAUGGGAAGAAGUUGAUUAUGUUUAUAACACGACUGGACAUGAUGUGCUUCAAAAUGGAAUGGAACUAGUUAAUAUCGUUUAUCUAAUUUCUUCUUCCUUUAUAGAAAAUGAAUCUGAUGACUUGUUAUUAAAUUCAAAUGCUUAUGUUUAUGACGAUGAACCUAUUGAAUCCGUUAUGAAAAGGUUUAAUGUACUUGAAUCAGAACAACCAAAUUUGCAAAACUUUAAACUGUCUAACAGAGAGAUUGGCUCGGUUGAUAGCCUAAGUGACGAUCAAGACACUUCUAAAUCUUAUGAACCGGACUCUUUAGACUCACUAUAUGCUUUUUGGUUAUCACAAAUGCCACCAAUCUUUCAAAGUGAGUACCCUGAUCAUGAUGAAAGGAUCCGUAAAGCAAUAUAUGAAUUGGAUGAUAGUGGUCUUGAAGAACAAAAAGCUUUGGCUAUUAAACGGUUAGGAAAAUUAAAAGAGGGCGACAAUGAAAAAGAAGCAGGCAGUUCUUCGUCAGGAAAUAAUAAUAAAGCGGCUAGUUUAUAUUUAGAUUCAGUCUCAUCAACGAAACUGUCAAGGGUUGUUAUUAAUGAAAAUCCUGGCCUUAAUAAGCUUAACGGUAAGCGAUUAAUGCACGAGAUUUUGAAUCCUACUGAACAUCUGAAAGACACGAUUAAGAGAAAAAAAUUAGUACAGAUGAAUUUUGAAUCCUUUAAUUUGCCAGUGGCUUACGAUACUUCGUUGACCAUUAAUUUUAGAAGGUUAUCUAAUAAAAUAUCAAAGAAACUUAAAUCAACACCUCGUCAAAUAAUAAUUAGGGAAAUCAAACCUAUAAUUCCAAACGGAGAUUUGCUUGCUACUGAUUUGACGAAUGACGUUAAGCAUACUAGCACAGAAUCUAAAUCAUCCAUUCAAGGAUCAUCACAUUGUAUAGUUGACGAUGGAAAAAUUAAAUCGAAUUAUUUUGAGUACGAAAUGCAUAAUGACAUUGAUUCAAUAAGAGCUUCAGAAAUAUUAAAUAACGAUGAGCACCUGAAUAAAACCGAUCAAAACCAUUUACUUUUAAAAACAGAUGAUUUAAUUCAGACAGAUUUGCUAUAUAUCGAUGAUGUUACUAUGUCAAUAUCUGGAGAAGUCGGCAUGGAAACAAAUGAUUUAACACUUCAUAAUUUAAAUCUCGAAACCGACGAUUUACGUCACACUCAAUGUAACGAGGAUUGCUCAGAAAUAGAUAUAAAGGAUUCAACACCGGAUAACAAUAUUUCUUUAAUACAUCAACACAAUGGAUCUAAAAUCAAUGUAAUCGAUUUAACAUCUGAGCCUGAUGCCCAAACAGAUGGAUCAGAUAAAAGUGAUAAUGACAUUUCAUCGUCUGAUGAAGAUGUGUUCGAAUCACGUGAAGAACAUGAUAAUUCAGACGAGGAUAUACCUGAGCAAUUAACCAAGGAAACUUCCGAAUUUGCUAGGUUUUUAUCCGAAUUACAAAAUAAGGACCUGGGUUCAAUACAAAAAGAAUUGACUAAUGAAAUCCAACAAUUAAAUGAACAGCAAAGGCGAGAUAAACGCGAAGUAGAUACUAAACUUUUAAAAUUGUUUGGCAUUCCAUAUGUUAUCGCACCAAUGGAAGCUGAGGCACAAUGUGCUGAAUUACUACGGCUUAAGCUAGUUGAUGGCAUCAUUACAGAGGAUAGUGACGUAUUUUUGUUCGGAGGCACAGAAGUAUAUAAAAACAUGUUUAAUCAGCAAAAAUAUGUCGAACGUUACCUUGCACAAGAUUUUGAGCAAAUAUUAAAAUUAAAUCGUGAAAAAUUAAUACGACUUGCAAUUCUUUUGGGAAGUGAUUACACUGCGGGUCUACCUGGUAUUGGGAUUGUUAGUGCCAUGGAGCUUUUGAAUGAAUUCCCUAGUGAUGAUGGCCUAGAACAAUUUAAAUCUUGGUGGUUAAAUGUACAAAGCGGGAAGUAUGUUCCAGAUAAGGAUGAAAGCGAUUUUAAAAAGAAGUUUGUUCGUCAUAUCUGGAAUGCAUAUAUGAAUCCGCAAGUAGAUGAUUCAAAAGUCCAAUUUGAAUGGGGUUUUCCUGAUUUGGAUGACUUGAGAAG